AAUGAAUGUUGUUUGUCAGCUGACCAGAAAUAAAGUUUGCUGUGAAAUGGAUUAAUGUGUCGCUGUUUAACACUUCUGUAGACAGAAGUAACGGACAAGGAGUCUCCAACAGUGAGAGGUAGCAGUUUGUGGUGUUCACUGUUUUGUGUUGAACAUUAACAGCUUUAUCUGACAUGUGUAUCUAUCAAGGGAUACAUUUGGAAAACACCUGUCAAUAUGCCCUGAAUGGGAAUGAUUAUCCCAGGGUUAAAUGUGACUCCUUGCACUGCAGCAUCACAGGAUCCAAACAGUUGGAGUGAUCUCUACCAGCUACAGCUCAGAGACCUCUCCAGAAUAUGGCUUCACAACAGACACAGUCUUGCUUUUCCUUUCUGGACAAGCAAAAUUAAAACUCUCUGUUUAACACUUCUGGUCUUAGUGUUUUUUACUGCCUUCCCUUUUCUCUGGUGUCUUUGCUUUGUGAGGAUCCUGUGUUCUGUAUGUGAAAAUGGACGGUGCAGAGCAUGUGCAUCCCAGUCUCAACUCCUCCUAUGUUCCGACUGCUCUUGGAAACCACCAUAUAUCUGAAGAUGAGGACAGCGAGGACCAGAGUCCAUCUGCAUCACUGCUGCCCAAACAUUCCUCUGUGCCUCUGGCUGUGCGCUACAGUCCAGAGGACUCUUAUAAUCUGGUGUACAUCAUCUUCUUUCUGAUGGGCAUCGGCUCCCUGCUGCCCUGGAACUUCUUCAUAACAGCCAAAGAAUACUGGCUCUACAAACUGAGUAACAACAGUCAUCUAACCAGCAAUGAGGAGCAACGGUCAGACCUCAGUGACUACUUUGAAAGUUAUCUGGCCAUUGCCUCCACCAUACCCUCUGUGCUGUGUCUGAUACUCAACUACGUCCUAGUUAACAGGUUGUCACCAAAUGUGCGGAUUCUGUCGUCUCUUUUUGUCAUCCUGUUGGUGUUUGUGGUGACCACAGUGCUGGUGAAAGUGGACACGUCUGACAGCAGGAUGGGGUUCUUCAUCGGCACGCUGGCCAGCGUUGCUGUCGUCAGUGGAGCCUCAAACCUCUUCUCUGGCAGUGUGUUCGGGAUCAGUGGACAUUUCCCCAUGAGGGUUUCUCAGGCCCUUAUAUCAGGCCAGGCCAUGGGAGGCACCCUGAGUGCAGUAGCAUCAAUAGCAGACUUGGCAUUUGCUAAAGAUGUGACAGACAGCGCUGUGGCCUAUUUCCUAACAGCGGACAUCUUCAUCCUGCUCUGCAUCAUUGCAUAUUUGCUGCUGCCUAAGCUGGAAUAUUCAAGACACUACAUGCUGGCAGCAACAUGCACCAAUCCAGGAGUGAGGAGUGAGGAGGGAGCAGCAGGCACAGGGAGCAGAGUCUUAGUGCCACCGCUGCAGCCUAUCCUCAGAAAGACGUGGGUGCUCGGCCUGAGCGUCUUCUACGUCUUCUGCAUCUCCAUCAUGGUGUUCCCUGCAGUUUCCUCAGGGAUCCAGUCUGUCCACAAAGACAGCGGCAGCCCCUGGACAACCACUUACUUUGCGCCACUCACCAGUUUCCUCCUGUACAAUGUAGCAGACUUUUGUGGCAGGCAGGCCACAGCCUGGCUGCAGGUUCCUGGUCCCACCAGCCGAGUCCUGCCUACACUGGUGCUGUGUCGCUCUGUCAUGGUGCCACUUCUCAUGCUCUGUAACUACCAGCCGAGGGACCACCUCCACACUGUGCUUUUCACCCAUGAUGUGUACCCUGUGGUCUUUACCUGCCUGCUGGGCCUCUCUAACGGCUAUCUAGGGACUCUGCCAAUGAUAUAUGGCCCUAAGGUGGUACCUCGGGAACUGGCAGAGGCCACAGGAGUAGUCAUGUCCUUCUUCCUCACUCUGGGACUGGCUGUUGGGUCUGCUUUCUCUGUGCUUAUCGUGCACUGCAUCUGACCAGGCUGUUAAGCAAUAACCUAGUCGGGUCAUAGUCUAGCUGGACAGGAGUCAGUGCACCCCUGCUGAUGAAUACCAGAACCUCAAAGCACUGUGAUGCAAAAUGCACCAGUAAAGCCAGUUGUCUGCCAUGUGGUAAAAGUACUGAUAAGCUUUUCAUUCCCACUUUUCACCACAAGGCCUUAACUCCUUCAUACCUCACAUUAAUAAGUGUCAUGUUUACACUGAUGGUUCAUGAUGUGAGCCUUAGGGAUGUGUCUGCCAUGACUUGGGUCUCCAGUUCAAUGGGUGAAAAUGUGUGGUAUAUAGUAAGUUGUUAUGCAGGGUGAUGUUUUUCAGCUUUAAUAUAUGCAGAUGGCAAAGUAGUACCGCAUCUUACUGAGGGAUUCAGCUGGAAAAACCUGGCUAAUUGUUGUCGAUGAACAUGUAGUUUUGUGUCUGCCAUCUGAUAACUUUGUAAAUGAACUUGAUCAACUUUAUAAAUUGAACAUCUUCAGUGACAA